AGCGCCUGCACCACCAAGGGCUCCGCAGCAGCGUCCAGACGGCUCUUCCCCAUCCCCAGUCAGGCUACACAAGGUGCCCCGUCCCCAUCCCGCCUUUCCCGCCGCCGCCGGGCGGCUCCACCCCGCCACCGCCCCCCGCUCCUCCUCCCUCCUCCGUCCCCUUCCUCCUCCCGCGGCAGCGCGGGCGGCCAUGGCGCGGAGGGGCCGGCGGCGGCGGCGGGGGGCGGCGGCAGCGCGGACCCGCGGCACGAAACAGAUACCCAAGGAUGUGGCCAACAUUUUUAAUGCCCCCAGUGGCAAUGAAGAUUUUCCAGGGUUCCAAGAUGAUGCUUCCAGAAAGAACUUGUUGUCAGAGAACAGCUAUGCUAGUUUUGAUUCCCUGGAGUCUGGAAAAAAGGGAGGCCGAUUUCAGUCCAGAUACCUCACUGAAGAACUGCGGAGGAUUUUCACUGAAGACACAGACUCUGAAACAGAAGCAUUUGAAGGCUUUGCUUCAAAUGAGGUGCAUGUGAACAAGAAAGAAGUUCUGACGGUGGAGUCAGACCUGAGUGAUGAAGAAUGCCCUAAUUUAUUGGGUAAUGAGGAAGAAAAGGAGGAAGUUUCCCCCAAGAGAAGCAGCUUUGGCCUUCGUGUUGCUUUGCAGUUUCCCACCAGAAAGUCAUCUGAGAAGAAAGUGCCUGAACAGUCUUUGUCUGACUUACCUGUAAAGGACAGUGAAUCCCUCACACCUCUUUCAAGAGAAAUAAACUGCAAGUGGUCAGACAAACUAGAGGGCUCCACUUCAGAGUCUGAAGAAGACAUUAAAGAAACACAGGAGGAAACUUCCAGUGCAAUGAUUAAGAGAGCCAUAAAUAUAAAAGAAAAUAAAGCCAUGCUUGCUCAGCUGCUGGCAGAAUUGAAUUCCAUACCAGACCUGUUCCCAGUGAAAACGCCCACCUCAACUCCUUCGAAACAGAAGAAAACCCCAAGGAGGACAUUUUCUGAAGGCCAGAUAGCACGUCGAAUGAACCCAACCAGAAAUGCUCGUCCGCCAGAAAAAUUUGCCUUGGAAAAAUUUACUGUGUCGGCUGUGAAAUUUGCAGAACAUAUCCGUAGCUAUAGGCAACAAAACCUCUUGAAGAGACUCAGUGUGCAGGGGGAUUGUGGAGUGCGCAAAAGAAGGAGAUCAUCAAAGUACUCGUCUCAUCGUCCAGUAGAAGAUAUUACUGAAGAGGACUUGGACAACAUUGCAGUCACUGUUAGAGACAAAAUCUAUGACAAAGUUCUAGGUAGUACUUGCCACCAGUGUCGACAAAAGACAACAGAUACAAAGACAAUCUGUCGCAACCAGGGCUGUGGAGGAGUAAGAGGGCAGUUUUGUGGACCGUGUCUUCGAAAUCGAUACGGUGAAGAUGUGAAAUCAGCUCUGCUUGAUCCAGCCUGGAUCUGUCCUCCUUGUCGUGGGGUGUGCAACUGCAGCUACUGCCGCCGGCGGGACGGGCGCUGUGCCACCGGCAUGCUCAUCCACCUGGCCAAGUUCUACGGUUACAACAAUGUCAAGGAGUACCUGGAAAGGCUACAGGAAGACCUCGAGCUGGCAGGAUGAGCUUCCCAGCGUGCCCCUGUGACCUCAGCUGUCAUGUGGAGAAAUCCGCCUCCUUCGAGGUUAGGAGUACAGUGGUGUUUAGCCUUUCCAUCUCCAUGGCAACUUACUCUUGGGCAUCUUCUUCUGAGCAGUUACUUCCAAUUACCUUCAUCUGAGUGUGGCUCUUUGACAUAUGAAAACCUGCUUGUUAGGGACCGAGGAGACAUCAGCCCGCUCAUCUUGCUUGCAACUGCAAGGCAGCUUCAGCCCAUUGCCAGGGCUGAAAGGAGCACUUCCCCCAAGUUAUCCAGGCUCCACAAAUGGCCUGCUCACAUGUAACAUGCUAAUUUCCAUAUUUUAUUCUUCUCAAAUAAAAUUUUACCUUUGGAAAAUGAAAAAUAAGAAGUCUGCAAAGGGUACUUGAAAAAUCUCUUGGCUGUUUUCAGAAAAUUGUGUACAAUCAGUUCUCUGAAGUAACUACUUCAGCAAACCCAGAAACUGACUGGGUAGUUUUAAUAUUUUUAUCUCUAUCUAUAUAUCUUAUACACACACCCCCUGUAUAUACAUCCACAUAAAUACAUAUAAAUGUAUGUAUAUGGAAAUAGCUUAAAGUAAUUUCCAAGCAAGACUUCCUAGAACUAAAGUUAGAGCAACAUUUUCUUUUUGUAGCCUCAAAAAUUCUAACAUUUGUUGCUGAUUAGAAGCAACUCUGCCUACCUGGCACCUUGGACUCAUGGAUGCUCCACAUACACUGCUGUCCAGGACAGAAACUCAACAGUGAAAUUUGAAUAUUCAGUAUAUGUCAGCUGGUGAUAAACUGACAAAGCUACAGAUGUGUGAGAGGGUAGUAGAAAAUUAAAAACAGUCUUACAAACUAUUUUCCCUAUUUUGGAAAUGGGAAAAUGCAAGGAAAUGUAUAACAUUUCCAUUCUACUAUUUUUCUGGAGAAGAAAAUAUGCAAACAGUAAGUGCAAGUUUUGAGGAUAGUGCCAUUCUGGACUGCUGGAACUGGUGAAUCUGUCAGUUAUGUUGGUUAAAGUAACCAGUUCCAUAAGAGAUACUUUCCCGUGCCAAUCCAGACCUUUCUAAAUUGAAGCACCGUAAAAUAGUAUUACUAGGAAAAUGAAAACCUAAGUGUACCCAAUGUCAUUAAGAUCACUAUACAAGCAGUGUUACAAAAUACUGAAUUCACGUUACCAAGUAAGGGUACUUGAAAAAGUAAACAAGCAGUAUGCCAAGUCACAAACGUUUUCAGACAAAAUCUGCUCAUGAUGAAUCAUUGUAAAUUUAUUCCUUCACAGUCAGACAAGACCUAGCUACAGGUGGAGCUGCAUAGAUGAGAAAGUUUGUGGUCUUCAAUUUCCCUUAGGUUGAAUAUACUAUAUAUACAUGUUCAGGAGCUUCAGGCAUAUGUGAAAGUUCUUACCACAAGUGGUCUGAUGAGUUCUUGCAGGUGUACAGAGCAGAGCCUGUGGUCCCAGGUAUUGGUGGCCACUCUGUAUGAUCUCACCAAAGAGGUAAUGAAAGUUUUCCCAUAGGACCUACCUGGGGAAUAGAAUGCAUCACUGAAUAAAACAAGUCAGCUUUCUAAAGGAGAAACCAAAGCUGUUCAGAAUAAAUGCUGCUUGGAGAAACAAAAGAAAUUAAAGUGCCUCCUUUCAGAAAGCUUCAUGGUUAUAUGUCUGCAUUGCUGGGUUUGGUUUAUUCAUCAGACUACACUGAAAAACAUAUUUCUUUUAUUUCAAUCCAGAGAGAGGUAUCUGAGUAAAAACAGUAACUUUGUGACUAAAAUCAGUAACAGUGUAAAAUGAAUUAUCUGAGACUUAUGUCAUGUUUUCUACCUUAUCCCUUAUAAAAAUCUUAUAAGUGAAAAGCACAUUUUCAAGACUCCACAUGAUAUAAGAGAACAUAACUUCAUGAACAAGUGCAUGUAUUUUCUCAUACAGAUCUUUAAAAACAUAAUCCUCAUGAGUGACAGGAAGGUAACCUACUGUGCCUUUCUUAAAGGAGAAAUAAAAAACUUGUAUCUGA